AUGUUACAGCCCGAUUCCUGUGCCUAUGGGAUGGAUAAUUUACAAUUGUUCCAAGUCCCUCCCACUAAUAUUGCUUUAGAAGACUCCAAAUGGGAAGAAUAUUACCCUAUUUCUAGUACUUUAGAUUCAGAGACAGCUCCGAUUGAAUUUGAAAUUAAAGGACAAGGAGAUCAAUAUCUAGAUUUAUCUCAAACUUAUCUUAAAAUGGUAUGUCAAUUUGUCCAAAAUGAUGGAAGUGAUCUGGCUGGAGAUCCUGCUAAAACAGCCCCAGUGAAUAAUAUCUUACAUUCCUUGUUUACGGAAAUUGAUGUCAAUCUCAAUGGAAAAAUAAUCACUCCAGGGACCGAUACUUAUCCUUACAAAGCUUAUCUGGAGAAAUUACUGUCUUACAAACCCAGAACUUUAGCCACACAAAUGAAAGCUUGUAGUCUAUGGGAAAAGGAUACGGCAGGACACAUGGACAAAAGGGGGCUAGCAGAUCUGGGGGUGGCUGCUAAUCAGAACUUUGCUGUAGCUCAUGAUACUUGUACCAUUAACAAACCCAUCAUUCCAGCAUACCCAGCCAAUUCUAAAAACGAAGGAUACAGAAAACGUCAUGAAGCCAUAGAUGCUAGCCAAGAAGCCCAAUCGGAUAAAUUCCAUCUCAUAGAAACAGGAAAUUUAAGAGUAGAAGUUCAAUUUACUAACAACACGGCUACCACUUUAAAUUGUGUGGUGUAUGCAGAACUUGAUAACAUCUUAGAAAUCAACAAAGAGAGAGAGAACCAGAAGGAAAUAGCUAGUAUAAGAAAAAUGAUUCAGGAUCAGGAGAAAACAACUGAUAUAAUGGUACAACUUCAGAAGGAUCACUGUGAGUUUAGAGAAAUCAUAACAUAUGAAAUUGGUGUGUUUAAAGAAGAACUGAUGGCUGAGAUUCGUAAGGAUAAAUAA